CUGAUGGCUCGUCAAGAAUCAAAGUAGCUGAAUCUCGGAUGCGCGUCGUUCUCUCCUUUUGGGCCUGCUCACCAUCCGGCGCUUUUCAGCUCCCAGGAGCCCCCAGUGCGAUGCCGCACCUCCUGUCUGCGGGCAGUCCCGCUGCAUCGGCGUUUGUGGAUGCGGCACAGCGUGGGCCGGGCUCCGUUGCGUGCGCUGGCACGACGUGGUGAGGGCCGACUGCAUGACUGAACCUCGAGACAAUCUCAUCCUCGCUCAUUGCAAAUGACUGUCUGUGUUGUUUGGUCGAAGGUAUUGGGUGGAUGGCCCUUUGGACGUGCAGCAGGCCCGCCAGGUAAUUAAUGUCAGGGACGAAGGCGACGCCGUGUGUACGGUACAUGUGUCUGGCCGACAUGCAGGUGGUGAAGGGCUGUCACGACAGGCAGAGGGAUGUGGCGUGUUUGCUGGCCGUUAUGAAGGGCCAGCAGACAAGCAGCGAGACUCAACUCGCCCUGACUGAGCCCCUUAUCCCACUGCAAGAUGCCCAGACAGAAAUCGACUACGCGUGUGUGUCUCUGGCUGACGUAGAGCGGCUCUUGGGGCAGCUUGGCCCGCUGAUAGAGGCGAAUGUCUGUUUGGUGCAGUCGCCGCUCGCUUACCGCAACCUGGAGAUCAUGACGGCCAACCUGGAGAUCCUUUUUGUUGCCCUCGCCCUCUCAUAUACAGCGCAACGGUCAGUUGCUUGACUGUCGUGGAUUGGAUGGAUGGACUAGUCCACUCGUGGGUGAGAAGGACAUGCAUACAAAGAGCGAAAGGAAUGAACGGGGUCAACCCAACCACC